AUGAUCUCCACCGCAACGAAGACAGCGUCGGUUACGCUGAAGGCCGUCGAAGAUCAGCGCAUGAGAGUGGACGGCACGGAUACGACGUUCGGAGACUGGAGGGACGACCUGGCUAGAGAUGGCUAUGCAGUCAUCAAGGGUGCAAUUCCGAAGGAGAGGGCCGACAAGUACGCAGACAAGAUGUAUAGCUGGUUGGAAGGAUUCAACCUCGGCUACGACCACAAUGACUUGUCCACGGUCCACAAAGACAAGCUCCCGUUGAUAACUGAAAAGGGCAUGUGCCUUCAAUAUGCUGUUACUCACGAAGACUUUGCUUGGGCCAUCCGAGGAGAGCCUGGCGUUGUUGGAGCCUUUGAGAAGGUUUACAAUACCAAGGACUUGAUCGUGUCGUUUGAUGCGAUCAACUUCACAUUGCCUCGCUCAGACCUGGCACCAAACAAGCCGUGGCCUCACCAAGACCAAGACCCAUUGAAACCUGGAUUCCGGUGUCUGCAAGGCUUGGUGAAUCUGCUUCCCAAUGGUCCAGAGGACGGCGGAUUGAUCGUGUGUCCGGGCGGACACCUGUUGUCCGACGAGUUCCAUAAAGACAUGGCGGACGAGGAACGCAUUCCAGCGUGGACACCAGAGUGGUAUGGCUUCACUGACAACGGCAUGAAGUGGCUCGAGAAGAAAGGCCUGAAGUGGGUGAAGGUGUGUGCAGAGCCCGGCGAUCUGCUGGUGUGGGACUCCCGCACCCCUCACUACAACCUGAGCUCCAAGACGAAGCAGCCUCGUUUUGCAAUCUACACAUGCUACAUGCCUGUGGAAGAUGCCACUCAAGAGGACUUGCGCAGGAAGAAGGAUGCGUACGAGCGCUGGGUGGGAACGACCCACUGGCCAAACGCGAGGCACACAGGCUCAAACGUUGCGAAAAGAGACGGAGUGGACGACCCGCACAAUCGGUUCGAGCCGGUGAACAAGCCGAUCAUGGAUGAGAGGACAUUCAAGCUGACUGGCAUUCCGUAUAUCAAGGCGGAAGUCUAA